UCUCUUUCCAUUCCAAAGUGAAUGAGUGUUAAUACCACUCAAUCCCUUGCUCCUACGGAUGUCUUUGGAGUUUGGAGACCUAAAGGAUCGGCAUCGAGAGAACAUCGAAGAGUUGUAAAGAAUGAGGUGGUAAAAACACACGGCUGCGUGAAUAGUUGGGUUUUUGACGCGUGGAAGCCAAAAACCAACUGUGCUUGAAGAAAGAUCAAGGUCAUUUGGGCAGUUCUAAUUUCAAAGCUAAAAAGGAAACUAAGAAUUCCUUUUCGGCUUUAAGAGUUGUCAUGGAGGGAUGGAGUUCACGAGCUAUGAUGAUAUUAUCGGUUAUUUCCGAGCAGCAAGUAUCAAAGAAUUAAAAGUUGAACUGACAAAUUAUUGUGUGCUCCAUUUGCUCUAGGUGUUAAACUUUAAGGGAGGAAUGGACCGUUGGAAUGGUGUUCUCAGGGUUUCCUUAAACCCUGAUUCUAGAUAUUACUUCAAGAUUGCAGUUUCUCUCUGCUUCUCAUCCUCUUCCAAAACCCUAACUGUGCCAACUACAAAUGCGAUAUUUUUCAAUGGAGACAAAAUUCAAAGAACUGGAAAUGCGGUAAUUGAAAGACUUUCCAACUUGCAAAACAUUGCUGAUAUUCUUGUUUCAAAAUUGGGUGUCUCUGUUAAUGUUUGGGUUAUUGAAGCAUCUAAUUUUAAUGGACCUUUUGCUGUCUAUAAUGAAUUCUUUGGGUCUAUUAAUUCUUAUGGAGAACCUAAGUCUUAUGAUCCAAGUGGGUUUCCAUCUUCUGCGUCGACCAGCCUUCUCUUAUUGAGAGCUCUCAAAGAGGCCAAAAGACAGAUUUUAGGAAAACAAGAACAUGUGCCAACUCUAGGCGACGAUGCAUCAUGUUUCAAUCAACCGAAGACGAUCAUCUUUGGCUUUAGCAAGGGCGGCACUGUACUUAAUCAAUUGGUUAGUGAACUUGCUUUCUCAAAACUUGAAACACUGGAAAUAGGAACCAAAAAACGAGAGGAUUCAAGGGCAGUAAGUACUUAUGAAAUCCAUGGAGAAAAUCAAAUUGUACCGAAUUCAAAAGAGGAGCUCUUAAAUAGCAUCUCUCAAUUCCAUUAUGUGGAUGCGGGUUUAAACUCUACUGGUGCAUAUCUUACUGAUAGUUUAGUGAUUGAAAGAAUUGUUAAGCGGGUGCUCGUAGGAGUUGCUGGAAUUCGAUUUGUGCUUCAUGGAACUCCAAGGCAGUGGUGUGAUAACAGACGGGAAUGGAUCCGGGAUGAAAUGGAAAAACUAUUUCAGUUGCUUCAAGAUGCAGAGCUGGAAACUGAAGGCAGACUACAGGCUGUGAAAAGGAUAUAUUUUACUGAUCAGCCUCGGAAUUUGCAAAUGCAUUUUGAAAUCAUCGAAAAUUUGGAUAUUGGUUAGUUGUCAAAUUAUAUUUUGAAAGCCCCUUGGGAAAGUGAUGUUUCUAUAAUAUAGACAGUUAUUGUCUCCACAUAUUAGAAGUAUCGAUGAGGUAAACAGAUAAUGAAGCCCCCAAAUACGGUUCCGGCUUUUAGCAGCCUUAUUAGCAGAUUUGUUUUGGAAUAUCCUGCUAGGUGAACCCGUUAACUCUUCGAAACCAAAUUAUCUUGGUUAUAUGUAAGUUUACUUGUAGAAUACUAUUACUUGUGAAUAUCAAGAAUGCUUCAACGAUCGA